CGGGAGUAAGUUAGAGUUGUCACAGGUAGACUGAAACAGACUAAUAUAUAGAGAUUGCUGGGCUGUGAGUGUGUUUGUGAUGGGGGUUUCCCUGUGCCGGACAGACCGCUGGCUCUUGGCUGUCCCGGGCCGCAGACGCAGCGCUCAUAAAGGCUGUCUGACGGGUGAAGACGAGUAUCUGGACGGGCUGGACCGACAGGAGGACAGGCUCCGGACGCAUCCCAGCAGGACCUCAGUGAAAACCUCCUACAUGGUGCGAGCGGGACAGAAUACUGUGGAAACGUACCGCUACAUCGACUGCGGCUCAAACUCCACCGUGCACCAGCCGUCAGGACUCGCCUGGUCUAAAGCUCAGAACAGGAAACUGCUCCGGUGAAAACUCAGCCGGUAGACGCUCGCUCAUUUCUCUGAAGGCAGCUCCGUUCCUUUAAUUCCUGUCACUGUACAAGCUCAACACAUCCAAUAUGAUGUACAAUAUCACUGAAUCAUCUCUCAGUACAGAUGCUGCAGUCUCACUUACAGUUUAGUCUUGUUUCUUGCCCAAAUAUCUAAAAAUCCAGAAGCAUUUUCCACACUAGCGCUAAAUAUAGUGCUGUUUUCAGGAAUAAAGAGUCAAAAUGCAGAGAGAUUUUCAUUAAAACAAGUCGAAUAAUCUGACAGUGAGGGAAGCAGAAUGCUCUUGAUGUUAUUCCUGAUACAAGAUUAUUUCACUUCCUCCAUCGUCAGAUUAUUCUGUUUGUUUUAAGGAGAAUCUCUCUUCGUUUUGACUCAUUAUUUCUUAAAACAAGACUAUAUUUUAUACUCGAUUAGGAAAUGCUUCUUGAUUUUAGAGUCUCUAGAUGUUUUGAUGAGUGUUUGGACAAGACACUGAAAGUAAGAGCAGCAUGUGUUGCAGUAAUUUUCCCACCUGCCAGAUUAACCUCAACAGUACAGGCCCCAGUUCAGUGUGAUCUACAGCCACAACCAUUACUAGCAGCUUUAAAAUAUUCAUUCUACUCUGCUCUGAUUGGUCAGAUGACUCUACUUCCCUCUUAUUGCUCAGAUGACUCUACUUCCCUCUGAUUGGUCAGAUGACUCUACUUUCCUCUGAUUGGUCAGAUGACUCUACUUCCCUCUGAUUGGUCAGAUGACUCUACUUUCCUCUGAUUGGUCAGAUGACUCUACUUUCCUCUGAUUGGUCAGAUGGCUUAUUAUUAGUCUUUAUUGAGAAAAUCAUCUAUGCUGAGCUCUGUAAAUGAAAAGUAUAAAGCUAAAAGACACACUGAGGUUCAUUUAGGAAAACAAAUGGCUACGAUUAAAGAAUUUGAUCUAUAUCUUAAAACAAAUGUAAAUAUCUUAAAUCACAUCACAUCUACCUUUAAUGUUAUGAUUCUGGAUAUUUAACAUUUAUUUAAGAUAUGGAGAGCCGUUUCAAACACGUACAAAUGAAAAACAUUGUUAAUAUCAUUAUAUUAGUUAUUAAAAUAAAUGUGCAGCAGAGCUUCUCUCUGUAGACUCCAGACCAACAGGGGGCGCUCGCUCUGUGAUGAUCAAGUCAAAUCAGCUUCCCUUCUACGGUGCUCUAUAUAGUGUAGACUGAGCUCCAGCACUGAGUGUGUGUGUGUGUGUGUGUGUGUGCAGGUACCUGCCGGCGGUCACUGCUGACGGUCUGCUGAAGCAGCUUAGUAACCCGGAGCUGGAUGUCUCUUGGCCAGACGCUUGCACACAGCAGCUUAUGAUGGAGCUGUCCACAGCCGUACACACAUUCUACUUUGCAGAGUGCAGACGAGACUCACACUUCACAGACGGUGAUCUGGAGCCCGGCAGUGGCUCAAGGGGUGGAGCUAGCGAGCUGUUCAGUGAUGAUUGGCCUGGAUACACUUCAUUCUCUCCACUCAGAAAUACUCCUGUGGACAAGCCACCCCACCCAUGUGGCAGACCCCGCCCAAAUUACAGACUCCGCCCUCAAGACACACCCACUAAUAAAGCAAAACAGUCUAAAUGGAUGAAGCCAAUCAGACGUGCUCAGAUGUUCCCCUGUUCUGCCUCUGAUGUUUUGCUUUACUCUCUGUGUCUGAAACGCGCGCGCACACACACACACACACACACACACACACGUACGCGCACACACACACACACACACACACACACACACACACACACACACACACACACACACACACACACACACACACCAGCAGCAGCAGCAGGAUGGCCCGAUCGCUGCAUUCUCAAGUGAUCUUCUGUAGUGUUCUUCUGUUCUUCGAGCGGUGCUGUUCCGUGUUCUGACUCUGCUGAUGUUCAUGACUCACUCAAAUCAAUCAACAUGUCCUUUGAAGGAUCCUCUAAGAAGUUUCUGGAAGCAGUGGAGAAACCAGAGCAACAUCAGGAGUGACCUUUUGUACCUGUGCUGUGGUGCAUCAUGGGAAGUGGAAGAGACCAAAUAAAGGUUUUUAUUUUUUUACUUUUUACUAAAUAGCCUUAAUAUGUUUACAUGGCUGUUGAAUAUUGUGAAAUUUCCCCAGUGAUGGAAGAAACUAAGCUCUCCAAAGCAUCGAAUAAAUUGAUCCAAUAACUUCUCUGCAAAACCACCAGCUGAUUUUAAGUGUUUGUAGGAAAAGCCACCCGCUGGCGACCCCUGCUGCUUAAUACAUGUAAAUGCAUCCAACUCUGGCCAAAACUGUAAAAGCCAACAUGUCGUAAAUGUUUAUGUAAAAUGCCAAAUUCAUGCUUGGAAUCACUCGCUUCUUUAUGUAACCAGUGAACAUUCGUGCUGCUAAUGAAUUUAUCAUGAAGAUUAUUGCAAACGCUUAGCUAAUAUUGCAGAUCUGUUUUAUCUGUUUAGUUAAUUUCAUAAAGCUUAUUUAAUCUUCAUCUAUAUGAUCAUUUAUACAUCAUUUUCAUUUGUUUUUUCUGUCUAAUUGAGUGUAAUAAAUAUAAUUCUUGAUGUUUCAUCAUA